CUCAGAAUUCCGAGAGAAAUAUUUUCCCAUGGCUAGUCCUAGUACUCCUGUCUCAACUACCCAAGAUGGUGUUGCAAGAUCUAUAUCAGAUGCCCCACCAACUCAUUACGUGGCCAAGAUACAGUUAUUCUCAUUGCUUUUGAAAAACUCGGUAGAAAAAUAUGAAUCUGGAGAUUUUGAGGCCGGAGGCUACAAAUGGAAACUGGUUCUCUAUCCAAGUGGAAAUAAAAGCAAGAAUAUGAAGGAGCACAUCUCUGUCUAUUUAGAAAUUGCUGAUACAGAGUCCCUGUACCGCAAUUGGGAGGCCCAUGCCAUUUUCAGAUUGUUUUUGCUUGAUCAGAACAAGGACAAUUACUUGGUAGUUUGUGAUGCUCCACAAAAGGAAAGACGCUUCCGUCGAUUGAGAAAUCAAUGGGGCUUCGAUCAAUUCCUGCCACUCAGAACAUUCAAUGAUGUCGCCAGUGGAUUCCUUGUGGAUGAUACAUGUGUUUUUGGAGCGGAGGUGUUUGUUACCAAGGAGAUGAGCACAGGGAAAGGAGAAUCCUUACUGAUGAUAAAGGAUGCCACCAGUUCCAAGCAUAUUUGGAGGAUUGAAAGCUUUUCAACGAAGCAGUCAGAAUGCUAUGACUCACAAACAUUUUUCUCCGGGGAUAAUAAAUGGAAGAUACAGAUGUAUCCAAAGGGAAAGCGUCAUGGAUUGGGCAGUCAUAUUUCUCUAUAUUUGGCUUUGGCAGAUCCAAAAGCAAUCCCUACUAGUUCUAAAAUAUUCGCAGACUUCACUUUGCGGGUGGUGGAUCAAGUGCAGGGCAGGCAUAUUUCUGGCAAAGCAAGCUACUGGUUCAGUGGGUCUAGUCCGGAGAAUGGAUGGGCAAAGUAUGUGACUUUUAGCUAUUUCAAUCUACCAAGCAAUGGUUGUUUGGUGAAGGAUGUUUGCGUAGUGGAAGCAGAGGUGACUGUCCUUGGAGUUACUAACGCAAUAUGAUUAAAUAGUGUUGCAUGUGAAAUUUUAAUGUGUAAAUUUAUAUAUUUGUAGCUACAAUAAAAAAAAAAAAGAAAAAAGAAAAAAGAAGACAAUGAUUAAGCAACCUGGAGUCACUAGAGACAAGGUUGUUCUCAGCACACAGGUUCUAUGAGAAUGUUUUCCUUUGGUAUUUAGUUAUGGGAGAAACCAAUUGGUAUUGAUCAAUAUCUUGAUAAUAAUUUAUGAGUAAGAGU